AUGGACAGCACUGCAUCAGGCCUACAGAAGAUCCCCAAGCUUGAAUCCCCUGACCAAUAUAUCGAAUGGCACAGAGGGAUCACAGACUUCCUGAGCACUCACAACUACGGUCGACUCUUCAAUGCUCUCAAGGAGCCACCCGUCAGGUUGCAAUCGGACACUAAGCGCGAGUACGCCAAUGUCCUUGAGAAGUGGGAAGAGAAGCAGGACAACGCAUGUAAUUGCGUACGCGCCACCAUUGGCUUCAAUGCUCGAGAAACCGUCAAAUCCAUAGACGGGAAACCAUUCAACCGACUACAUAUCGUCCUAGAAACCAUUGAGGAACACUACAAGCCCACCGGGAGUGCCAAUUACCAGGAACUGGAUCGUAAAUACCAUGAGCUAUCCCUUGAAAACUGCAAGGGGGUCAUGAACUUUGCCUCAAGGCUCCAGGAAGCUAACAAUCAACUACUGGGGAUUAAUUCAACCCUUGGUUACAACUGUUGCGAUUGA